GGCGGGCAGGGAGCGGCGGGCCGGCCGGGCAUGGCGUCCAUGGCGGCGGCGAUCGCAGCCUCGCGCUCGGUCGUCAUGAGCGGGAACCGGCCUCUGGACGAGCGGGAGCGAAAACGCUUCACCUACUUCUCGUCGCUGAGCCCCAUGGCCAGGAAGAUCAUGCAGGACAAGGAGAAGAUCCGCGAGAAGUACGGGCCCGAGUGGGCGCGGCUGCCGCCCGCGCAGCAGGACGAGAUCAUCGACCGGUGCCUGGUGGGGCCGAGCGCCCCGCCGCCCCGCGGCCCCGGGGACCCCGAGGAGCUCGCGCGCUUUCCCGGCCUGCGCGGGCCCACAGGCCAGAAAGUGGUGCGCUUCGGGGACGAGGACAUAACUUGGCAAGAUGAGCACUCUGCCCCUUUCUCCUGGGAAACGAGGAGUCAGAUGGAGUUCAGCAUCUCUGCCUUAUCCAUCCAGGAGCCGAGCGGCGGCCCCGCCAGCGAGCCUAGGCAUCCACCCAAAGCCACUCAGGGCUCGCAGGCCCUCCGGCCCCCCCAGGGCAGCAAGUCCUCCAGCCUGGAUGCCCUGGGUCCUGCCCGGAAGGAGGAGGAAGCGUCCUUCUGGAAGAUCAACGCGGAGCGGUCGCGCGGGGAGGGGCCCGAGGCCGAGUUCCAGUCGCUGACUCCCAGCCAGAUCAAGUCCAUGGAGAAAGGUGAAAAGGUCCUGCCGGCCUGUUACAGGCAGGACCCUGCCCCGAAGGACAGGGAAGCCGAGGCGGAGAGGCCCGGCCCCCUGCGCCCGGAGCCGCGUGUUCUUUCCAGUGCCGCUGUGGAGCGCGAGGGGCCACAGCCGGUGCAGGCCAGCGCCAGCCCAGUGGAGGAGGCAGUCCCCUCCGAGCCCGUGGGCAAGCAGCCCUGCUCCGUGGCUGGCCCGGGGGACAGGGACGACGUGGAGGAUGAGCUGUUCUCAGAACCCGCACCUGUGCAGGUCAGCUCAAGCAGUGCCAUCUUGAAGACGGGGUUCGAUUUUCUGGACAACUGGUAAACUGUGGUAGACCAGAAAAAAAAACCUCCACCAAAAAACGAGAACCCCCCAAAUGUUUUCCAGAAUGGUGUGGCGGAGGACGCAAAGUGUGGCAUUUCCUGGGUCGUUUUCUGGUUCCUGUACGCAAAUUUCUUAGUCUUUUGGAAACUGGUAGAUAUUGCCUUGUCCAGAGUUCCAGUGUCCCCUUUUUUGGUAAGACCAGAGAUACACACUAUUUUCAGUGAUUUGAUAACACGUUUUACAUCCGGAAUUUUUUAAGACUGUUGGAGUUCAGUCAACCUUGCAAAUGAAUCUUCCGUUCCAGCUGCACCCAGUUCCCCCCUCCUCGGAGAAAGGGUUUUCUCCACCAUGUCACCAACAUUGUAAAAGUGAUUUCCGCCCCCUCCCCCUUUAUCCCCUCCCGGUUUUUGAACGUGUGGGGUCACCUUUGAUGGGUGAUGGUUAGUGAUGUGCCGGGGGACGGUGACAUCAGCAUGCUGGCUGUGACCACGGAAAGGUUUGCCCCCCCCCACACACCCUGCCCCACCCCAUGCUCCCAGCUGUCCCGGGCUUCUAUCCCUGAAGCCCUGUUUCUCGAAUCGCGUGCCACCCUCCGCCCUGUGUCGUUUGCAGGGGACAGGCUUGACAUGAGGCAGAGGGCGUCUUUAAGCGGCCCCGAUACUUAUUCAAACUGUCCUUGUUGAAGAGUUGCAUGUUUCAAAGUUUUGUAUUAACUUUGCAUUAUUUUGUAUCUAGAUUUAGCGGUUGUAGGGCUACCACUUUUAGAAGUUCUCUGCCGCUCCUGUGGCCUGUGGGUGUCCCCUGUCCUGGGCACCCGCGGGAGGAAGGGCUGAUGGCAGGUGUCGCUGGCGGACAGGGCUCUCCCGACUAGUUGUGUUAGACCUCCCCGCGUGGGCGCGGCAGGGGCGCCUUCAUCCCAAGGACUGGUCCGGCUGCGUCACCGCGGACCCUCCCCCAACCCUGUGCCCCCGGAAGUGGAAGAGUCCGGCUCCUGCUGGGGCCCAGCAGCGCCUCCUGGAGACCUUUGUGGUCAUAGCAACGGCAUCUCCCGGAGUUGGACCUCCCCCCACUGCUGCUCUGAGGGGGGCGGCGCCUGGCCCCUGAGCUGCAGGAACCUGCAGGACACGCCCAAGUGUGGUCUGCACGGCACCUCUCACUGUGUUCUCCUCACCUGACGCCUUAAUCCCAGGGAGUCCUGCCAGCCUACGCCUGGUCUCAAUAUCAAAGUGAGUCUUUUUAAAAAAUGCCUCCUUGUUUCAUAGGACAAAUCUGAAAUGAUUUCCAGAAUAUUUUAUCUGGCUUCAAGGGGAAGCACGUGGCAACGUUCUUAUUUUUUCCAGGAAAGUUUCUGCCAAAGCUGUGGCUUAGCCAACGUGUGGUUUGGUUCCUGCCAAUUCUUAAUGUUCCGAAACCUCAUUUGGCUCCUCGGGGCACUGGAGCUGACCUUCCUCCUCUGGUGACUCUGUUAUGGCAAAUGCAGGUUUUUUUUCCCUGUACCACUUAAGUAUAGUUGAACUAUAAAAGGGAACACAGGUUUCUAGAGCGGCGGUGAGGGAAAGGAGCCUAGAAAUCCCAUCUGGGGCACCACAGCAGGGUGCCGGCCCCUCGGGCCAGCCGCGGAGGCUGGCGCCCGGCAUACCCCGGCCUCAGUGGGGGCAUUGAGCUGUCUUAGAACGCAGGUCUGAAAGCGGGGUCCCUUCAAAAUGAGAUGCGCAGAUGUGAGUUGGUGCUCCUUCGCGUUGAGAGCAGAGAAGAUCUGGGCCCUGGGAUGCUUAGGCCAACGUGAUCCGUCUGUUCUUCUGGGAGACACUUGUGAUUUCUUUCCCACUUUCCCAUUAAGCCCAGUAUCCCCUUUGAACCCAGAAAUCCUAGAGGGAGUCCUGAAGUCGAGUUGUUUUGCUCCAUACUUUCAGAAGUAUGGAGAUGGGAGGGAGAGAAGUGAAGCUUGGAAGAAUCCGACUCCUAGUCAGUAUCCUGCCUGACCUUGGGGGGGGGGGUGCUUGUAACCAUGGCAGCCUAGAUACAAAGAUGGUUCCUUUCCCGUUCUCCUGGGAAUCUACCUUCAGUGCAUCCAAAUAAGGGAAAAUUAAGCUCUUAUGUCCACCACCUUCCCCCCCCGCCGCUGUGUAUCAGGAGUUUCCAUUUAUUAUUUUAAAAAUACUUUUCAGCUGCAGCCUCUGUGUUUUUGGAUUUCCCCCACCUCCACCCCCUGUACCUGGGAUUCAGCUCAAGCAGUCAGUGUCUCGCUUUGGGUGAUUGUAUUUUGCAAAAUCUCUCCCAAGAAGCCAGAAACUAGUCUCAGUUCUUUCCCCUGGGGGGUCCGUCCCCCUCCCCCAAGCCCCCGGGCCUGCUGCCAACUUUGGGAACAGUGGGGGUCGCAGCCCCUGCGUGGACGGAGCGGCCUCCCUUUCUUUGCGCUUCUCUUUCUUUGAUACACGUUUUCAGAAAUGAAAAUUCCUACUGGCUACUUGUAACUUGGUUGUAUUUUAUAUUAAUAACCUUUAAUAAAGCCAUUUAAAAUAUC